CAUUGUUUGUUUAUGUUAAUGUUUAAGCGUGACCAAUUUUCGCGACCGUCGCGGUAACAUCGAUUCCACCGUACGAAAUUUAUAGAUUCCAACAGCAAAAGUUAGUGAAAAUGUUUGCCGCACCGGAAAAGCGACGUCAGCUGCGUCAAACCGCGCUCCGUCGGGACGUGCAGACGGCCAAACAGCACGAAAACUAUCAUCGAGAUUUUCUGCAAAUCCAGCGCAAUGGCCAGCGAAGUUUGCAAAAGCGGGCUCAAACAGCUGACCACCGGGAACGGCAGCUGGAAGCACAGCUCCGCGAGGAGGAGGAAAUCAAGGCGGCACGCCAGCAGCAGCUUCAGGAAGAGGAAGAACUGGCCCUUCGAAUACAUGAAGCCAACCGCCGGCGAAUCAAUGAGGAAAAACUACGCCAACAGCUUCGCGAGUCGAAUCAAGACUUGCGCGAGCUGGAAUCGAAGCUUCGUGCCGCCUACGUCGCAAAAGGCCUGGCAGCACAGAAAGCGGAACAGGAGGCUAGACGGAUUGAGGAACGGAUGGCCGCCCAGCGCGAACAGGAAGAGCUGGAACGGCUUCGCCUUAAAAACGUGGACUACAUCAAGCAGUGCCAGGAAGACGAGUGGCAACGUAAGCAAGCACUGCGAGACGUUCUUCACUGCCAAAUGCAGGCCGUUCAGCAACGAAAACAGAUACUCUACGAAGAGUUCCUGCAGGAGAAAUUGUACCUGGACGAGGUCGUCAAGCGGAUUCAGGAGGAACAGUUCGAAGAAAUUCAACGUAAAAUGGAACUGCAGGAAAGAACGCGCAAGGAGAUGGAAUACUUCCAGGAGGCUAAGUCCAUCUGGCAGGAACGGCAGAAGCUAGCGCUGGAGGAAGAAAACGAACGCAUUCGGCGUUACCUGGAAAGUCGUGAUGCUGAACAAGAGGAACAAAACCGACGGAAGCUUCAAAGUGCCCAGUCCCGAGAGCGUUUGAACGAAAAAAUGGUCGCAGAACUGCAGGCUGAGCAAGAUCAAGCCCGCAAACGGGAAGAACUGCUGCAGGAUCUGUACGCAGCUGAGCUGGACGAACAGCAGGAAACUCGAAUCCAGCGUGAUCUAGAGCAACAGCUACGACGUCGCAUCGAAGCACGGCUCGGACUGGAACGGCAAAUGGUGGAAAUUGCCUGCCGACGGGAAAGUGCUGCCGAAGAGGAGCGCCGCUUUAAGGAGGAUCAACUUCGGCAGUGGGCCGAGCGUGAUCGAAUCGAACAAAUGACGGCGGAAAAGCGACGCCUUAAGCUGCUCGAGCAUCGGCGAGCGAUUCAGGAGCUGCUGGAAGAUCGACGACGCCGGCGGGCGGACGAGGUUAAGGAAAUGAUGCAACAGCAGCUAGAAUUCGAACAGGACGAGAAACGCCGCCAGGAGAUUAUCGAAGAGGAGCGCAUUAAGCUGUUGAAAGAGCAUGUGACCGCACUGCUUGGAUUCCUGCCGCCCGGUGUGCUGCGGGAGAGCGACAGGGAACACAUUCCGCUGCCGAAGCCGAAAGCGAGUAAGAACUGAGCCAGAACAUGACUGUACUAUUAAGCAAAUCUUCUAGUAAUAGCCGGCAAAAUU